AUGGUAGCUGUCGAGCACUAUCCACGACGUCUCCUGCUGCUUUCUUGCGGUUUUCUAAACAUGUCAGCUCUUAUGCUGUUCGUUCUCAGUGCACAGCUUCAGAAUAUAUGGGAUGCGUGUAAUUUCGCGUUGGGCCCGAUAUCGUGGUUCAUUACGGCGGAACUGGUGCCAUUGCAGUACAGGGCGCUAUGCCAAUCGCUUGCGCUCUCUUCUAAUCAAGCAAUCGCUUUGAUUCUUUGCUUCAUCACUCUACCGCUAUAUGAUAAAAUUGGGUCGCUUGUCCUUCUGCCAUUAUUCGUUAUUCCUGGGUUGGCGGCAAUGUUCUAUCUUCUGCUCUACCUGCCGGAAACUCGCUCCAGGAAUAUUGACGAAGUGAUUCUAGAACUUAAGGGUGGAAUCAAGUCUUCUGCAGAACCGAGUCCUCAGACAGCCCAAACGUGA